CCUUUCCCAAGAUUUCCUUGUUUCCUUAGCGUCCUUCGUUUCUUCACUCCUUGGUUAUCUCGCCGUCCUCUCUUUUACUUUUACCACCAAUGCCACCCUUAGGCGACUCUCAACGGCGAUACCAGGCCAACUCGCCGUCGACCACAAGUCUUUUACCAGGAGACUCCACUACAAACCUCGGCAUCCACGCCAACUUUGCUCGAGGUCCUUCAUCGUUGCGUACCGUGAACAGCAGUACCAGCAUCAACGACUCGCCGUACAACGUAAAUGGCAGCCGGGUCCCAUCUUUGGCACCUUCCAUCUCUGACAAGUUCUCACUAUCACCCGAUCCCGCCGCCUGGGGCUCAGAUAUAUCGCCCAACCACGCCGAGCCAGACGAUUAUCUCCACAACCCUGACCCACGGCGAGACAGAAAGAAUGAUAAUGGUGGAUCCGUAUUCACCUAUCGAGGCCUAACCAACCUUGGUUGUAUUGUCGUCCUUGGUCUUGGCUUAGUGUCGCUAUUCGCCGGAUACCCUAUAAUUUCAUAUUUCACCACACACGAUAUUUCAUCACUUGGCGGUUUCAAUCUAGGCGGAAUCAAUGCCAGCGGACAGGUACCCAGUAUGCCGGGCAACUGGGGAAUGAUAGAUCUCGAUACCCCGCAAGACGCAUACACAAUAAAGGCCUUCACUAAUGACAAUGAGUUCCAGCUGGUUUGGAGUGACGAGUUCAACGUCGACGGGCGAAGUUUUUAUCCCGGCGAUGACCCGUACUGGGAAGCAGUAGACUUGCAUUACUGGGGUACCAACAACUUGGAGUGGUAUGAUCCAGCCGCGAUCACGACAAAGGGAGGCGCCCUGACAAUAACGCUAUCGAAGAAACAAACACAUGGUCUUAACUACCAAGGCGGAAUGAUGUCUACCUGGAAUAAGUUUUGCUUCACUGGCGGCAUGAUCUUGACUUCGGUGACUCUGCCGGGCGCAAACAACAUUCUCGGUCUAUGGCCUGCUGUGUGGUCAAUGGGAAAUCUUGGUCGAGCUGGUUACGGUGCUACCUUGGAGGGAACUUGGCCCUAUACAUACGAUGCAUGCGAUAUUGGAACAGUUCCAAAUCAGACCGUCAACGGACUCCCAUACGCAGCAACUGUCGAUGGCGACCCCGGUCAGAAUGGCAUAUUAUCAUUCCUUCCGGGGCAGAAGCUCUCUCGAUGCACCUGCCCGGGAGAAUCUCAUCCUGGACCCAUACACUCGGACGGCACAUAUGUCGGGCGUGCUGCACCCGAAAUCGACGUCUUCGAGGCCCAGGUCGCUAAUGACGAGGGUGAAGUCUCGCAGUCUGGACAAUGGGCGCCUUUCAAUGCAAAAUACGAGUGGUUCAACACGUCAGACAACAUGAUUAUAUACGAUGCAACGGAGACAUACCUUAACACGUACACCGGCGGAGUGUAUCAGCAGGCAACGUCAGGCGUGUCGGUAACCGACCAAAACUGUUAUCAGUUAGCAACGGGCUGCUUCGCAAUUUAUGGGUUCGAAUACAAGCCAGGCUAUGAUGAUGGAUAUAUAACAUGGAUCAACAAUAACAAGGCAGCUUGGACCUUGAAGGGACCUGGAGUCGCAGCAGAUACUCGCGUCGAAAUAUCAGCUCGUCCGGUUCCUCAGGAGCCAAUGUACAUUCUUGUUAACCUUGGCAUGUCAGAGAACUUCGGUUAUGUUGAUCUCGACCACCUUACCUUCCCAGCGAUUAUGUCGAUUGAUUACAUACGGGUGUACCAGCCGAAGGAUUCCAUAAACGUUGGCUGCGAUCCUGAUGACUUCCCUACACAAGCAUAUAUCGAAGAAUACAUCGAAGCGUAUACGAAUCCUAAUCUCACAACAUGGGUCAACGAUUAUAAACAGCCAUUCCCCAAGAACAGCUUCCUCAACCAAUGCUAGUCUAGACCUUCCAUAUGCUGGAUUGUCCUCACUAUCUUGUUACGGCCGCUGUCACUUAUUCCGCUCAUUGGUACUCGCAUAUACACACUUUGGAUGUCUUAUACUUCAUAUUUUCAUUGCAUCAUUGUCUUCAUAUCCUGUAUGCUCGCGCUGUGUGGGGAAAAAAAAAGUUCAAAUGUGUGAUUACGAAGUGCCAGCAACAGUUGCCGCGUCAGUUCGCUUCGCAGAUGUUAACGAAGAAGGUGAUGAGUCCAGCAAAGCCUGGAGCUUCGUCAACGUCCGCUCUACAGCUAUGAUACCCCCAGCAGUCAACCUCGGGAUGGCAAGGUCCAGUUCUCCUUCAGUAAGAUCGAUCUCCUGCC